UAUCCAGUUAUUCGAUUCCAAGGCGUGGAAGCUGACGACAUUGCAGCUUAUAUCGUUUCCAAGAAAAAAUCACUCAACUUUGAUGAAAUUUGGCUAGUCUCCAGUGAUAAAGAUUGGGACUUGCUUGUAAAGCCAGGGGUGAGUCGGUUUAGUUAUGUUACUCGUAAAGAAGUUACAAACGACAACUGGAACGAUCACUACGAUUGGACUCCUGAGGAUUAUAUCUCAAUUAAGUGUCUAACAGGCGAUACGGGCGAUAACGUAUUUGGAGUUCCAAGUAUUGGCCCUAAACGUGCAGCCAGUUUAGUUGCUGAGUAUGGUUCAACAUGGGAUAUUAUUGCCAGCAUCCCACUAAACGGCAAGUAUAAAUACAUUCAAGAGCUGAAUAAAUGCAAAGAUCAGCUUAUGUUGAAUUAUCAACUAAUGGACUUGGUUACUCAUUGCGAGGAAGCAGUCGUUACUGGAAUAUGCAAUACGUGGACUGUUCCAACAUUGGAUUGCUUGGUUCAGCCUGGAGCUAAACUUCCGCAACGUGCACAUCGCACGGAUGCUGGAGCAGAUUUGUUUAGCUAUGAAGAACACGAGAUUUAUCCUCAAGAACAAAAACUUGUUGAUACAGGUAUAGCGAUCAAAAUUCCAGAAGGCUUUGUUGGCCUUAUUUAUAAUCGCAGCUCGCAAGGCAAAAAAGGCAUUACAAUCCCACAUUCAGUUGGAGUCAUUGAUAGUGAUUAUCGUGGAAAUUUAAAAGUCCUGCUGAAAAAUAUUGGGGACGACCCUUAUAAAAUUUCGGUUGGAGACAGAAUUGCCCAGUUGGUUAUUCAGCGUGUAGAAUUAUUUGGAUUUAAAGACACAUGGAACGACACUGCCCGUGGAACGGGCGGGUUCGGUAGCACAGGACAA